CAGCAGUCUCUCUAAUUUGGGUGAACUCCGUCUGAACUUUUCCCUCGGACCACUGGCACAAGAGCAGAGCACGUCUCACCGCCCUGAUAAAGAUGGACAAAGAAGCAGAGGUUCGAAGAGCUGCGGUCCACGUCAUUGCUUUGGUUCUCAGGUGCCUUAGUGAUAAAACCACUGAGAUCUCUUCAUCAGCCGAUGUUGGACCUGCAGGCUGCCAGCAGGAGGGGUGCAGGGAGGGGUGAUAGAUAAAUAAAUAACCCAAUAAAGGAUGCACUGAGAGGAUGUGUGUGUAGCCAAGAAAAGAGGGUGCCUGCUUAAACAGCCCCAAGUCUUGUUGAACGCUGGCUGCACUGCAGAGCAGGGGGGAAAGCACAGAGAAGGGACCUUGAAGGAUUUCGGGCUGCAGUGCAGAACGAUGCCACCGCAGUACAGCACUGACACAGAGACACAGAGGACCCCCGACCUCCUCACAUCAGGUGAGAACUUCAUUCAGAGCUGAUAUUAGAGGCCUUAGGAGGAGAGGGAGGCAGAGACACAAAAAGAAGGGGAGGGAAGCAGAGGAGGAGGAGGGUAAUGGUGCUGUAUUUUUGGAUAAGGGAUCUCCUGAAUUAAGAGUGGCUGGAAUAAAGAUGUAGUGUGAGCAGGAGGCUGAACAAGGACGGUGCUGUGCUCCACUGUGGUGGAGAGGAGUGGAGCAGACGCCUGGCAGACACACACUGGCUCAGAGCGACUGAGAGAGAAAGAGAGAGAGCCCACCGCCACAUCUGCGGGGCUGGGAAGAUGCCCUCUCCCUUUGGCACUGCAGUGCGGAUCUUCAUCACCACUCUAUUUGCAGCAGUGGUGCUUUUUGCCAUUCUACUGGCUUAUGUGACAGGUUACCAGUUCAUCCACACCGAGCAGCACCACCUGUCUUUUGGCUUGUACGGUGCCUUUCUAUCCCUUCACCUCCUCCUGCAGAGCCUCUUCGCUUUCCUAGAGCACCGGCAAAUGCGUGGCCCUUCCAGACCCCAGCACCUGCGGCGCACUGUUGCCCUCUGCAUCGCAGCCUAUCAGGAGGAUCCGGACUACCUUCGCAAGUGUCUUCGGAGCAUUCGCCGCAUUUCUUUUCCUGGGCUUAAAGUCGUGCUGGUGGUGGAUGGGAAUCGGCAGGAGGAUGCUUACAUGAUGGACAUCUUCCAGGAGGUUAUGGGGGGAGUGGAGCAGACAGGCUGUGUGGUGUGGAAGGGGAAUUACCAUAGCGACGGGGAUGGGGGAGGAGGGAAAAGCUCGUUGCAUGCUGAGGAGGCUGCACGGGUGGCCAGGGUGGUGCGGAGUUGCCGUUACUCGUGCAUCAUUCAAGAGUGGGGCGGCAAGAGAGAGGUCAUGUAUACAGCCUUCAAAGCACUGGGAGAUACUGUGGAUUACAUACAGGUAUGUGAUUCCGACACUGUACUUGAUCCAGCAUGCACCAUUGAGAUGCUGAAGGUUCUAGAGGAGGAUCCGGAAGUGGGUGGGGUUGGAGGAGAUGUUCAGAUUCUGAACAAGUACGACUCCUGGAUCUCCUUCCUGAGCAGUGUCCGGUACUGGAUGGCCUUCAAUGUGGAGCGGGCAUGCCAGUCUUACUUUGGAUGUGUGCAGUGCAUCAGUGGACCUCUGGGAAUGUAUCGCAACUCUCUUCUUCAGCAGUUCCUGGAGCCCUGGUACCAUCAGACCUUCCUAGGAAGCAAGUGCAGCUUCGGGGAUGAUCGCCACCUCACCAACCGCGUCCUCGGCUUUGGCUACAAAACCAAGUUCACGGCACGCUCACAAUGCCAAACCGAGACCCCCACGCAAUAUCUGCGCUGGCUCAACCAGCAGACCCGCUGGAGCAAGUCUUACUUUCGAGAGUGGCUCUACAAUGCACUUUGGUUCCACAAGCACAGCCUCUGGAUGACCUAUGAAUCAGUGGUCACCGGGUUCUUCCCUUUCUUUCUGGUGGCUACAGUCAUUCACCUGUUCUACCGAGGUCGGUUAUGGAACAUCUUGCUUUUCUUGCUAACAGUCCAACUGGUGGGCAUGGUGAAAGCCACCUAUGCCUGCUUCCUGCGGGGCAGGCUUGUCAUGAUUUUCAUGUCACUGUAUUCACUACUCUACAUGUCAAGCCUGCUGCCUUCUAAGAUCUUUGCCCUGUUGACUAUUAACAAAGCAGGUUGGGGAACAUCAGGCAGGAAAAAAAUAGUGGUAAACCUUAUUGGGGCUGUGCCUGUGACCGUGUGGGCAGCCAUACUGCUCGGUGGGGUGGUUUACACCAUUUACUGUGAGGUGCAAGAGCCAUUUAGUGAGACAGAAAAGGCUCUUCUCAUUGCAGGCACCAUCCUCUAUGCCUGUUACUGGCUCAUACUCCUGGUGCUCUACCUGGCCAUAGUGGCUAAGCGCUGUAACAAAAGAGAGGAACAAUAUCACCUAUCCUAUGCUGAAGCCUAGCAUGGUCUCUCCAAAAGAUCACUACAUGCUGUCAGGGCUCAUUUCACAUGGCCCCGUCUUUACCUGGUGUUGCAAUCUUGGUUAUAAUUAUGGAUUGUGUGCAAGUCCAAGCUGUCAGAUGUUAGAUUUUUAGCUAAGUUGUUAGCUACGGCUACUUGAGAGUUUUCAAACAGAGUUUUUGAGAGAGGCAUAAUUUACAAAAGCUGACAUCAGGAAUGGUGCUUCUCCAGAUUAUAAAGCACACAAUAAGGAGGCGGCCAACCAAAGUGUGAACAAAAUGUUGAGCCAAAGGUUAGUCUAAGAGUUAUAAACGAUAAGCUGUCACACUCAUAGUAAGUUAAGGGGCUAUAUUGGUGCUUGGACUUUUAUUAGACAGAAUGUGAACUGUCAAGUAUAGAGAGAUGUGUGCCAACACUUGAGGAAACCGGCAUAAGAGUUUGCCAAACCCAGUCAGUAUUUUAACGUCUAUUAUCUGACAAUCCAGCAUAAUUCUAUAUUUCAUCAUUAGAAAUUGUGGUGCUGCUGAUCCUUUUGUGGGGUAGCAUUAUAGUAUAUUCUAGAAAGAACAAACAGCAUUUAAAUUAGACUUAUGGUACUCCACAAAUAUUUAGUAUACUGUAUAUGUUUACAUUUCAAGAUGGUUAUAGUAACAUUCAGUUCCAGUAAAUGGAUAGUGUCAGGCAACCAAAGAAGAUUUUCUCUAGCAUCUAGAAUGUUUUGUUCCAGUGUGUGAGGAAAGAUUGGUUUACUAUUUUUAUUCCCAUUCUCUUUUUUUACAUAUAAGACAAACUUUGUAGAAGAAUAAGAUACAUUUGUUUUUCAAUUAUUUCCAUUAUACCAGAGACAUAACAAACAUGGUCAGUAAUACUUAUUUUUUUUCCCCUAGUUCUGAGAACUUAAAAGCAUAAACAGUGUUACAUAUACAUACAUGCAUACAUACAUACAAAUAUAUGACUGUCCAGUUAUACUGCCUGAAACUUUACACAUUACAUAUUUUUGUUUACAGACUUUGAAUAACAUAUAGUCAUUUACUAUUUUUCAUUAGUUUAAUUAAAUUGUUUGUUAGCUAGAAAGAUGAAAUCAAAAAAAGUGGACUGAAGCAAGAUGUUUGUGGUAUGCAAUGUUAGUUGUUUUAAGGAUUACCAUAACUGGAUCAAAGGUGUAAAAAGACUGUUUUAACACCCUCAACCCACCCAUGCAACAAAUUAGUAGAUUUACUUUGGUAGCGGUUAGCCACUUUCUCUGCUCCCUUCCCCCCAAAACUCUGGCAGAGACCUAAACACUGAGGCUAGUGUGAAUAUGCAUGCACAUUUAGAGAGAAGCUUCAAGUUCAUGCAACAUUUGCCAGCUCGACUUCUGCUUGUGCAUUACAUGUGAUAACUGUGUCUUAACAGUGAACAUAUGUGGACUGCAGAAUCCUCUAAGGCUGCAAAAAAAUCAGGUGACUCUGAUGUCAUAAUACAAUUAUGAAACCAGAACUCUGUGUUUACAAUCAAACUUGGAAUUGCAUUUGUGUGUUUUCAGAUUUUAUGCAAUUCAGUUGUAGACUGGGUGGCUGAUAUGCUCCUCAGGAACAGAGUGCAGGACUUAAAAAUGAAU